CAUGGCCGAAGAAGUCAAAGUCGAAGUCGAAGUCGAAGUUGAUGUCAAAGUCGAAGUCGAAGCAGAAGAAGAAAUGCAUGAUUAUGCUAAAGAACGAAAGCAUCACAAGCAUCUACAACAAUUGACUGGCCUAGGCGCCAUGGCUGCCGGUGCUUAUGCCUUGCAUGAGAAACACAAGGCGAAGAAGGACCCGGAGAACGCACACAAACACAAAGUGAAGGAACAUAUAGCGGCGGUUGUGGCGGUUGGAGUUGGUGGGAUUGCGUUUCACGAGGGUCACGAGAAGAAGGAUGCUAAGAAAAAAUCUAAAGAAUGUACUUCUUAA